AUGGAGAAUAAUAAUCAGUCAGAAAUUGGAGUUGGUGAAUCAACGCAACCGCCGUCGGUGGGGGAAGACGAUGAAGAAAAGUCCAAGCUGAAGUGCCGUUCUAAGCUGGAAGAAUUGCUGUCCGACGAUAGUUUGCCGAGGACCCGGCGACUCCGUCGGGCGGCCCGAAUGGAACUGAAGACGCUCCUCCGCAUUUUGGUGCCGGCAUGCAUAGUGUACCUUCUCAACAACGUCACGUCGACGUCGACCCAGGUGUUUUGCGGCCACCUCGGCAACCGCGAGCUCGCCGCGGCUGUGCUGGGCAACAACGGGAUUCAGAAUCUGGCAUUUGGGCUCAUGGCAUUUUCUGGACUGUGGGAUUUUUUCAAGUUGUCGUCCUCUUCGGCCGUGAUGAUUUGCCUUGAGUUGUGGCACUUGCAAAUACUGAUUUUGAUUGCUGGUUUGCUCCCUGAACCUGAAGUUGCAUUGGACACGUUAGCUAUUUGUUUGACGAUUAUUGGAUUGGUGUUCAUGAUUUCAGCAGGGUUCAAUGCAGCAGCAAGUGUGAGGAUAAGCAAUGAACUUGGAGCUGGAAAUUCCAAAUCUGCAGCAUUUGCGGUUAUAAUUGUGACUUCAACCUCAUUGAUGAUUGCAUUGGUAAUUGCCAUAUUCGUGGUGGCGUAUCGCCACAUCUUGAGUUAUGCCUUUACCGGUGGUAAACAUGUUGCCGCUGCAACCUCCGAUCUUACACCCCUCUUAGCAGUUUCUAUUAUCCUCUUCGGCGUUCAACCUGUUCUUUCUGGGGUUGCUGUUGGAUGUGGAUGGCAAAGUUUUGUGGCUUAUGUGAACAUUGGAUGCUAUUAUUUAGUUGGAGUUCCAUUAGCUUCAAUACUUGCCUUCAAAUUCCGCCUUGGUGCUAAGGUGGAGAAAGCAAGAAAACGGCUAGAUAAAUGGAAAGAUGAGGCAGAUGAAUCAAGCGGCAAAUGA